GAGUGGAAUCUUUAAUAAAUAAUGUUAGAAGAGCUAUUAAAAUCAGUUGAUACUAGUUUUGCAUUACCUUAACUAUUGGCAAUAGAAUAUAUUCAUAAGCAGAAAUAUGGAUAAUAAUAAUUGAUAGGAGAAGGUGCUAAUAAUGAAGGUAAUGAAAGGACUGGAAAUAAUUGGAGUGGAAUAUCGAAAUGUUGGUUUAAGAUUGCAGAAACAUAGAUUAAAAAAGAAGGAGAAAUAAAAUCACCAUGUCAAAUAUUAAUUAGAAUUACUCAUAAUCACAAAGAAUAUUUUAGCGAUCGUAAAAUAUAAGGAAAUAGAGAAUAUAUGCUUAAAUAUAUAUAAGUGAUACAAUUAAACUGAGUACUUACAUACUUAGG